UCGACUUUGGGAACAAGUUUUAUUAGGGUCGUUGAAAUAUUUAUAACUAUCAAGUACCAUAACGUUGUUGUUAGUUUUGCAACUAAGAAUAGCUUUUGUGGCAAGUGGGCUAUUUCGUUCCUUUUCUAAACAAAAGCAAGGCUUAUCAAGGUCUGUUAUAUAUACGAUUACCUUGUAGAGAUUUGAAAUGGUCUAAGAAUAUAACAGGCACAAAGGGUUUUUCACAUCUGUUGGUAGGAAUUGAGAAAUUUCUUCCUCCUUCGCCGGCCAUUUUCUUCAUAUUUUAUGUAGAAAUGCCAUUUUCAUCAGGUCAUUUUUUGACAUUUUCACAUUUUCCAUUCAACUCGCAAUCAUGACUUUUGUAACACCUACAAUCAACUUGCAACUUGCAGUUCAUCCAAAGAAGGAUUGCAACAUUUUCUCUUCAUCAUUUCUAGGUUAUUUCACAAGCAAUAGACCAAUACCAACAUUUGUUCGUUGCUCUGUUCAAAACCAAAUGAUAUCUGGAAGAAGCAACCCAAAAAACAUGCCUGUUAUGAAACCAGUACAAAAAUACGCAAAGAAACUAGCACUGAUGAUGGUAUACUCAUGACUAAAACAACCAAGGGGACCCAACCUACAUUAGCUACUCUUUCCAAAAUGGAAAAAGACAAUGUCUUCUUCUACCUCUUGAAUGGAGAAUGGAGUAAGCACUGCUUGGAUAUUAUCAUUGUCUUGUUGACGAUAGAACUCAUCUUUUUGGUGUGUAUAGGAACAAGCAGUACUGGAAAAGUAUGCAAAGAACAUUCACCUUGUAAUGGGACAGAAAUAUACACUUACCAGUCUUGUUCGAGUGAAGAUGCCAACCAAGCUUUUCAUGCUGCAGCUGCUUCCCAAGUUAUGUGGGCAAAAACACCGCUGUGGAAGAGAGCAGAAUACCUAAAACAAGCAGCUAUUAUACUUCGUUCACACCAAGAUGAGAUUGCCAACUCUUUAAUGAAUGAAAUAGCCAAAAAUCGUAAAAAUGCGAUUUCAGAAGUAGUAAGAACAGCAGACUUGAUAGAAUAUGUAGCUGAAGAAGGUAUGCGACUAAGUGGAAAACUGAUGUACCCCGAUUCCUUUCCAGGACAAAAACGAAAUCAGCUUUGCCUUAUACAUCGAGUCCCUUUAGGAGUUGUGUUAUGUAUUCCUCCAUUCAACUAUCCAGUGAACUUGUGUGCUUCCAAAGUUGCUCCAGCAUUGAUGAUGGGAAAUAGUGUAGUUAUCAAAACUCCUAGUCAUGGAGUCAUAUCUUGUUUGUAUCUUGCAGCAGCAUUUCAUUUGGCUGGUAUACCUCGUGGAGUUGUCAAUGUACUUACAGGAAAAGGAUCAGAAAUAGGUGACUAUUUGGUAACUCACCCUUUGGUGAAUGCUAUUUCUCUUACGGGAGGUACUCAUACGGGUCUAUCAGUUUCCAAAAAGGCUGGAAUGAUUCCUUUACAAAUGGAACUAGGAGGAAAAGAUGCAGCCAUUGUAGUUUGUGAUGCAGAUUUACAACAAUCCAUUUCUUCUAUUGCUUCCGGUGCAUUUUCUUAUAAUGGCCAGAGAUGUACUGCAGUGAAGAUUGUGUAUGUUGUAAAACAAGUAGCAGAUGCUCUGGUAGAUGGAUUGAAAGAACAAGUGGAAAAGUUAUCGGUGGGAUCUCCACAAGAUAAUGCCGAUAUAACACCAGUGGUUCAUCAUUCCUCUGCAGAUUAUAUCGAAAAAUUGGUUCAAGAUGCCAUUCAAAAGGGAGCCAAACAAGUAACUCCCUUUAAGAGAAAAGAUAAUCUUAUAUGGCCAACUAUAUUGGAUCAUGUUGACAAGAAUAUGCGAGUAGCUUGGGAAGAACCUUUUGGACCGUUAUUGCCCAUCGUUCGAGUCGACUCGGAAGUACAAGCAAUAGAAAUGGUCAAUAAGAGUCCCAUGGGAUUACAGGCAUCCAUUUUCUCAAGGAAUAUGGAAAAUGCUAUGUUUCUAGCAGACUUCCUCAAGACUGGAACCAUUCAUCUUAAUGGACAACCAGCACGUGGUCCUGAUCAUUUUCCAUUUCAAGGUUGGAAAGAUUCCGGUAUCGGCUCUCAAGGAGUUUUAUAUAGUUUAGAAGCGAUGAGUAAAAUCAAAAGUAUAGUAAUUCAUUUUGCUAAAGAGACAUAUACUUGCAAUUAGAAACAAGGAUUAUGUCUUCCUUUU